UGUAUGUUCGUAGUUCAUGCUUGACGGAAUAUUUUGUAUCCAUGCGAUUCUUAACCUAAUAUAACCUAAUUCUGACCUAUUGUCUCUAAAUAAUUACAAUUGGACUAAAUUCGUUCACAUUAAAUAUUUACAAAAAAAAAAAAAAAAAAUUCUGACCUGUCAAAUUCUCGUAGCUGCUGGAGUAAAAAACAGAAUAUGUCAUUGAUCCUCGUAACUAUUCGGUAAAAUAUCGCGACAUGUCCAUCAAACUCUUUCGACGUUUGGUCAAUGAUCUUUUAAUUCCGAGGAGUCAACACGUUCGUCAUGGUCAUCGGAUGCGUGGAAAACCACCAACGGUCGCACGUAGUUUGCAACAACGUCUCGAAGAGAUCCGACUCCAGCGAGAGGAUUCAGCGUUGAGUUUCAAGGUGGACAUCGGUUUCCCGGUGUCCAAAGUUGACAGACGAACGAUAACGAACGCCUGGAUGAAAGAUAUUAUCGCGAUUAGGAGAAAUCCGGACCUGGAAAGAGCCUCGCGCACCAGGAAGCUAUCGAUAGACAUGCAAAAAAUGCGAGAAGACUGGUUGCAAACUGACGGCUCUUUCCACAUUCGUAGAAUAGCAGAACACUAUGAUGUCUACAAACACCUGUAUGGAGAUGCCUACUUUAUGCCGACUGUUCCGUUAGAUAUAAGCUACGAGCUGGAAAAUGAUAAAUUGGUCAAAGUUUAUACUGGUAAUGUGAUCAAGCCGAAUGAGGCGUCCAAUGCACCUAACAUAGAAUAUGAUGCAGAGGAUGGAUCGCUAUGGACUCUGAUAAUGACAACACCGGAUGGGAAUCUGACUAGUCCAGACAAUGAAUAUUGUCAUUGGUUUAUUGGCAACAUUCCUGGUAAUCGUGUGAAAGAAGGAGAAGAACUGGUGGAUUAUUUGAGACCAAUAGCACCAUAUGGAAUUGGAUACUGCAGAUAUAUCUUUGUAUUGUACAAACAGGAUUGUCGCAUAGAUUUCUCAGAAUAUAAGAGGAAAAAGCCUUGUUUGAAUCUGAAGGAACGUAACUGGAAAACUCUGGACUUUUAUAGAAAACAUCAAGAUCAAAUGACACCUGCUGGUUUAGCAUUUUUCCAAUCAGAUUGGGAACUCUCCCUCAAGGAAUUCUAUUAUAACACAUUAAAAACAAGAAUGCCAAUAUUUCAAUAUGAUUUUCCUAAACCAUACAUAAGAAAACAGGUGUACUUUCCCUUAAAACAACCUUUCAAUCUUUAUUUGGAUAAAUACCGCGAUCCCAAGCAGAUAAAGAAAGAGUUCUUAUUGAGAAAGUUAAAGAAAGUUCAUCCUUUUAAAGGACCAGAACCAUCACUGAAAUUCCCAUUGGCUCAUAAUCCGUAUAAAUACAGGCCUUCCUGGUUGAAAUUUGAGAUAACAAAGAAGUUGAGAGGACAGGGUCGUGUUAACGAUCUUAUCGAAUACUAGAUUGAUAUAAAAUGUUUCAGAUGUGCCUCUAUAAUUUGUCUGCUACGGAGUUUGAUGUCUGUUCGUGUCGGAAUAGUGACGUCAACCACCUCAUGGUCAACCAAUAGUCCUGUAAAAUUAUGUGAUUUAUAUGGAUAUUGAACAAUGACAGCUUAUUGGUAUGUUAGAUAAAAAUGUGUAAAAUAUAUAAUAAUAAUAUUUACCAAUCGGUUCUUCUUCACCAGUUCCGAA